AUGCCGAAGAUGCCGUCAGAUGAAUCUACCCCUCUAAUAGUCCGCGAGGAUGAGAGACCGAACCCAAAGUUGCCGUUUAAACAGUUGUCAGUCCUGGUAAUAUGUCGUCUAUCAGAGCCGAUAUGCUUGACGAGCAUCCUAUCAUAUCUUCCUCAGAUGGUUCGUAGCUUCGGCGUUCCAGAGCCAGAUGUCGGAUUUUGGGUUGGCCUCACAGCUUCCUCCUUUUCGGUAGCACAAUGUAUGACGGGAAUUGCAUGGGGCCGUCUCAGUGAUCGUAUAGGUCGAAAACCUGCUAUUUUGUGCGGUAUAUUGGGCAUGCUCUCGUCAGUUCUUGUAUUCGGAUUUUCGAAUAGCAUUGCAAUGGCCAUGAUAUCAAGAUCUUGUAUUGGAUUUCUGAAUGGCAACGUUGGUAUUUUGCGAACCGUGGUUGCAGAAUUAGUCCCUGAACGAGAACUUCAGCCUCAAGCUUUCAGUUUACUCCCCUUAACAUGGAGCAUAGGAAGUAUAGCUGGUCCGAUUAUUGGUGGCUUCCUUAGUGAACCCGCCAAGAACUACCCGUCAAUUUUCCCGCAAGGUAGUUUCUUCGACCGGCACCCGUUUGCCCUUCCGAAUAUCUUUACGGCGGCGAUACUCUUCAUGGCUCUCGUCUUCGGGACUCUAUUUCUCGAGGAAACUCUUGUGGGCCAUCGUCACCGUUAUGACCCCGGUCGCGAAGUCGGCAAGAAAAUCGAGGCUUUCUUAUCCUCUAUUUUUACUUGGUUUGUUUCUACUGAGCCGGCACGCAAACACUCGCCUAUACCUGAAGACGAAGAAACAGCCCCAUUGGCAUCCCAGUCUAACAACUAUUCUUCCACAACUAAAUCCUCUUCCCCUGCAGCCCACCACACCCACCAUCCGCACGCACCACUUCCAUGGUCUCAAGUUCUAACGCGUCAAUCGAUUUACAACAUUGUUCUUUAUUUCCUAAUCGCCAUCCAUGUCGUCUCUUAUGAUUCAAUUCUUCCAGUUUUCUUCUCUACCAAGCCACCGAAUGCCAAAGACCCCAUUCGACUCCCCUUCCAUAUACCAGGAGGCUUCGGUUUAUCAACUGCCCAGAUCGGAUUAAUCUAUUCCGUCAACGCUAUAAUCACCAUGUUACUUCAAUUCCUAUUAUACCCACCCAUAGCCAGACACUACGGUAGUGUAAAACUCCUAGCGGUAUCGGCGGCGGUUUAUCCUUUUAUAUACUUCGUAACACCAUACACUUUACCAAUCACCUCCCAAAAAUGGUUAUAUGCAUCCUGGUCGGUUAUUAUUUUGUUGAAAUCGAUUACAGGAGUUUUUGCAUUUACUAGUUCGACCAUAUUGAUUACAAAUACAGCGAGUUCGAUAAGGGUUCUUGGAACUCUUAAUGGGUUUGCUACUAGUACUGCGGCAAUGGGGAGGGCUGCCGGGCCUAGUUCCUUUGGGUGGAUGUUUAGUUUGGGACAGAGGAGUAGCGGGUGGACUACUAUUCCCUGGGUGGGGUUGACGAUUGUGGCGGUGAUGAUGUGGGUUUGGAUCCCGAAGUUGGUGGAGGGAGAUGGGGUUGAUGAGGAGAGUAGUAGCGAGAGCAGUGAGAGUAGCGGUGAUGAGGGAGAAGAGGAGAAUGAAGCGGAGGUAAUCGAUGGGGAGAGGGUUAGGGGCAUUGAAUUCAUAGAGCCGGAGAGGGAGGAAGGAAGGUUAGAAGAGGAGUUAGAGGGGGAGUGUAAGAAGGUUAAGGGGCGGAGGAGGCGGUUGAGUAUGGGGAGUGUCGGGGAACAAUGA